UUUACCUUUAAUGUAUCUUUGUAUGGAAAGCCUCCUAUGAUUUCUACUAAAAACGUGUUGUAUAUUCUUUCUUUAUAACAAUAAUAAAGGAAACAAAGUUCAGCUUCUUUCUUUUAAAUACCAUAGGCAAAUAGUAUAAUGAGGCAGGAAUACAACAGUCUCUGGUCACUUGGGAUUUAGUUUUGAGUUAGGAGGGAGGUGAAAAAGGAUGGUGAUGAUUUCUUAUCUAAGGUUUUUUAUUAUGUCAAUGUCUUUACCUACUAUUUCUGUUUAUGGGUUCUCAAAAAAUUACACUACCUCAACUUUCAACCAAUCUUUUUCUCGUUUAUUUGGAGAUAACCACAUUGUUUUUCUUGAUGAUGAAGGUAACUCAGUUCAAAUUUCCCUUGAUCAAAGUACAGGUUCUGGUUUCAUGUCUCGUGUUUAUUACUACUAUGCAUAUUUUAGUGCUUCCAUUAAACUUCCAGCAGAUUAUACUGCUGGAGUGGUGGUUACGUUUUACACAUCAAAUAGCAAUAUCUAUCAAAAUUUCCAUGAUGAGUUAGAUUUUGAGUUCUUGGGCAACGUUAGAGGCCAAAAUUGGGUUGUGCAAACCAAUGUUUAUGGCAAUGGAAGCACAAGUAGAGGACGUGAAGAGAGGUACAAUCUCUGGUUCGAUCCAACCCAAGAUUCCCAUACCUAUAGUAUACUUUGGGUUAGUAAAUGGAUCAUUUUUUAUGUAGAUAAUGUCCCUAUUAGAGAAAUUCGAAGGGUUGACGCAAUGGGUGGGGAUUUCCCUUCGAAGCCUAUGUCUUUGUAUGCUACAAUUUGGGAUGGUUCUUCUUGGGCAACAGGUGGUGGCAAGUACAAAGUAAAUUACCAAUACGCCCCUUUUAUCGCCAUGUACUCGGAUUUUGUUUUAUAUGGAUGCUCCGUCAACCCGACCCAGAAAGCACAAGCAUGUCAUGAGGAUAUAGGGUCAGAUUUGAAUGCUACUUUUAGUGGCCUAACCAGUCAAGAAAAGAUGAGAAUGAAGAAUUUCAGGUCGAAAUAUUUAAAGUAUUCUUAUUGUGAUGAUCGUGCCAGAUAUUCGACUCCGUUGCCUGAGUGUGUAAUUGAUCCACAAGAAGCAAGGAAGUUGCAAUCAGAAAUCUAGUUACAUUUAGGGCAGGCUUUAUUAUGUAUUCACAAGUAGACCAAAAUAUGCUUAUUUUAGUUCAUUUAUUCUAUGACCAUGCCUUUAUUAUUUUUAGUUAACAAUAUAUUCUUAUGUUCCAAAUUGCUUCGUGUAUGGUUGCUAUGCUUCCUAGUUUUGGUUGUGUUGAUGCUGAGUCAAGAUUUAA